CCACCAACGCCACCACCACCACACCACAACCACCCGGUCGCCUUUCACAUCCACACCUAACCGAAAUGUCCGCAAAGACAUUUGAGGAGCAGGGAGUUCGAGUCGCUGUUGAAGGAUGUGGUCACGGCACACUCAAUGCCAUCUACGCGGCCGUUGACGAGUCAUGCAAAUCUCGGGGCUGGGAUGGGGUCGACGUGCUCAUCAUCGGGGGUGAUUUUCAGGCCGUUCGGAACUCCGCCGACUUGACCGUCAUGUCCGUCCCAGCAAAGUACCGCGAAAUGGCAGACUUCUGGGAGUAUUAUGCAGGCCGCCGCACGGCACCCUACUUGACCAUCUUCAUCGCUGGGAACCAUGAGGCGGCUUCGCACCUAUGGGAGCUCUACUACGGCGGCUGGGUCGCCCCCAACAUCUACUACAUGGGCGCCGCCAACGUCUUGCGUCUGGGACCUCUACGCAUCGCCGGUCUCAGCGGCAUCUGGAAAGGUUUCGACUACCGCAAGACGCAUCACGAGCGUCUUCCCUUCGGCCCGGAUGACGUCAAAAGCUUCUACCACGUCCGGGAAUUCGACGUUCGCAAGCUUCUCCUCCUACGUUCCCAGGUUGACAUUGGUCUCAGCCACGACUGGCCUCGUGCCAUUGAGAAGUGGGGUGACCAGAAAUCACUCUGGCGUAUGAAGCCGGACUUUGAGAGGGAGUCGAAUGAUGGUACUCUUGGCAACGUCGCUGCCGAGUACCUCAUGGACCGCCUUCGCCCGCCGUACUGGUUCUCUGCUCAUCUCCAUUGCAAGUACGCCGCAUUGAAAACGUACGACGAUAACAAUAACGGAGUCCACGAUCUUCAAGCUACUGCGGUGGAUCCUGUGUCAAAGAACGUCGCAAGGCCAAGCAUGCCACCACCAGCUUCAGUUGACGCGGCCAAUCCUGACGAAAUUGACUUGGACGACGAUGGCAUGGACGUCGAUACCCGAACGCCUGCUCCUGGCUCCUCCGAAUCUGAGACGAAGCCCGACGAAAUCUCCGGUCCACAAUCAGAAACCGAGAAGAAGAGCGAUGAGAAAAAGGGCGAUGAGAAAAAGGGCGAUGAUGGAGGCGGCGGCGGAGUAACGGAAAACACGGUCUCUGAAGAGCUGCGGGCUCAACUGCCAGCAUCUUUCGCAAGACCAGCGUCAACCCCCAAAACAACACCAGGCCAGCCUGUCCCGCCCGGAAUCACCAACAAACAAGUGCGGUUUCUAGCCCUCGACAAAUGCCUUCCCAGUCGUCGUUUCCUCCAGUUGCUCGAAAUUCAUCCUUAUCAAACACCUUCCUCCUCAGCCUCAUCUUCCGCCCCUCCUGUCUCAGAACCCUCCCUAAACGCCGCAAAUGAAGAAACCACCGAGCAUCAUCGACAGCCACACCAGCAUCCGGGCCGAUACGCGCUCCAGUAUGACCCCGAAUGGCUCGCCAUCACCCGGGUCUUCCAUCCCUACCUCAAAAUCGGCGACCGUACGGCCCACCCGCCCCAGGACCUGGGCGAAGCCGUGUACGCCCCCUCCAUCGACACUGAGCGUGCCUGGGUGGAGGAACAUGUCAUGCGUCCGGGCCGUCUGGACGUGCCUGCCAACUUCACAGUCACGGCCCCGCCACACGUUGAGGCCCAGGACUGGCGGAACCCGCCGGAUCAGCCCUUUGAAUACACGAACCCCCAAACCGCGGCGUUAUGUGAGCUCCUGGGGUUGGAGAACCUCUGGGAUGCUUCUGACGAGGAGAGGAUGGCUCGGAAAGCGUCGGGGCCACCGGCAAGUUCGACGUACCAGGGUGGAUAUAACCGUGGGGGGGCUGGAGGACGAGGUGGGAGAGGAUUUGGUGGGAGACGAGGAAGAGGAGGCGGGAGAGGAAGAGGAAGAGGCAGGGGAGGUCGUGGCAGGUUUCACUGAUGCCGAAAACUGCUGAGCGCCUAUAGUGUAUGAUAUAUGGCCGAGAGAGGUUAUAUUAUAGGCCCUGCCAUUGUAUGUUUAUUGGGUAUAUGGCAAAAAAGCUGAAUGUGAUAUGACUCGUGGACAUACCCCCAAAAAUAAACUAGCAGUCAUU